AUGACCAGAAUUUUGGGGCUAUCAACUACAAUCUUUGCUAUUGUUUUCUUGGCAUGUCCUUUUUUGACUUGGGCGCUCGACUGGGUCGACUACAACUUCGUGAAAGGUGAAGAUUUAGGAAUCGUUGCGCCAUGGAGGCAAGACGAGAUCGAAGCCUCGUUGAUACAGUUUUUUACAAGCUUCGAACACGGCAAAAGAGAGGAUGUACUCAGCCAGUUACAUCCGAAUGCCAAGAUGUUCGUUCUGGAAAGCGAUCUCGUGGGACAGGCUCAAAUUGGCAAAUUUAUGAACAAACACCUAGAUAAGGGAUAUACCUACCAAACCGUAAUCAAUAAAUUGACGUGGCAUCACUCCUGGGCAACCGAAGCUGAGGUUGAAAUUGAAGGUCACAUGAAUUGCUACUGGGAGGAGGAGCAAGUGCGCAACAUUCCCCUCCACCUGAUAGUAACUCUUGCGAGAAAUGAAGGCGCAAUAAAGAUCCGCAAAUUGUUGGAAACAGACAGUAGGCUUGUGUUUGAGGAUUCAGAAAGCGAUUAG